CCUUGGGACGGGCUUACCUCCCUUUGAAGUUGGUUAAUAAUGCUUAAGGUUAGCUAAGGAUUAUGGUUAAGGUUAGUGUACGGGUAGGGUUUAAGGUUAGGAUUUAGGGUAUGGACGUCCCAAGGCUCCCAGAUAGCACUAGCAUAUCUGGCACUGCUACGCGGAAGUAAGUGGAUGAAUGCACUCCGGAAUUCGAGGGAAUAUAAACGUAAAAAGCAGUAUGCGGGCUGUGUCUGCGCUAGUGUUCCUGGCCGUGGGUGUGAUGGUGGUGUUGAUGUACCAGGCGGUCCGCCAGGAGCUGACUCUGCGGGGUCUUAAAGCCCGCGCUCUGGAGAGCUCCUCUCAGGUCAAGCAGAAGGAGAACGACAUCGUCCAGGUCAAGAUGAAGAUCCAGAAGCUGAAUGGUGAGCUGGAGCCCAUCAACACCAAGAGAGAGGAGCUGACUAAGAAGAAGGAGCAGUCUGCUAAAGCCACAGGCGAGGCGGACAAGAGUCUAAAGACCUGUCAUACAGAGAAGGCCGAUGCGGAGAAAAAGAAGACUGAGGCGUCGGCGGCCCUUCAGAAAGUCAAAGAUGAUCAAGAAGCACAGAAGAAGAAAGCUCAGGAGGAGAUCCAGGCGUUGAAACAGCAGAUUCUGGAGCGGGACAAGGCACUGUGUGCCUUUGUGGACCAGACCAAUGAGGAAGGACGGAAGCUGUGUGGAAUCACAGAGGCCCCAAAAUGAAGACUUGGACGACACUAUCAGCCUCCCUCCCUCCCUCAUGCUUGCCGUGAUGCACACACACCCAUACACAUCAUCGUUGUGCAGCUCAUAACAUUCACCACCUACAACCACCUUCACUUCACUGUACCUCUCAAUACUCAGGAAAAUAAAAAACAAGAAGGGUUUGGAAAACCCAGUCUGAAUGUCAUGUCUUCAUUACAUAGAGUACACUGUUAGUUUAUGUAUGCAGGUAAGGAAGGGAGACAUUACAUUAAUGUAGGAAUGACUGAAAGAGGUUAGGGCUAAUUCCCUUAGAGAUGGAGCAAGUUGUCUCUGAGGUGACUUCUGAAUGUUGCAAAGGUUCUAGAGAAGAGUGCAGGUGCAUGCCCAUCUGGUUCAAUUGUCUAUUAAAUAUUUAUUAUGCAUGGAUGUAUGAUUGACCUUUAUAGUGCAUAGAUGUAUGAUUGACCUUUAUAGUUCAUAGAUGUAUGAUUGACCUUUAUAGUGCAUAGAUGUAUGAUUGACCUUUAUAGUGCGAUUGACCUUUAUAGUGCAUAGAUGUAUGAUUGACCUUUAUAGUGCAUAGAUGUAUGAUUGACCUUUAUAGUGCAUAGACCUAUGAUUGACCUUUAUAGUGCAUAGAUGUAUGAUUGACCUUUAUAGUGCAUAGAUGUAUGAUUGACCUUUAUAGUGCAUAGAUGUGUAUGAUUGACCUUUAUAGUGCAUAGACCUAUGAUUGACCUUUAUAGUGCAUAGACCUAUGAUUGACCUUUAUAGUGGCAAAGUCACUGUCUUUGUAUUGACUCCAAGCCUCUCUGGCUGAUAUUUUAGAGAACAUUUGGUACUGUCUGAUUAGAAUAUGAAGGUCCUGACUCCAAGAGCCCCGUUGGACAUUUUCUAUGCUUCUGUUCUGGAGGUGUCUCCCUGAAUGAUUGUAUUAAACUGGAUCCAUCUGAUUGAUAUUA